CAACAAACAGCUCCUAGAGAGUUCGUUUUGCGAGUUUAAACCCUCGACGCUAGAGCGACAUCAGCUCAAAGAUCUUUCGAUCCAAAUUCCUGCCCUCUCUUGACUGCAAAUCUCUAAGAAUCCGAAGAUUUCAGCAUUUGCUCGGGCUCCUGUUAUCAUCUUAAAUCGCAAGUUUUUACAAAUCAGAUAAACUUUGAUUUGUAAAUUGUCUACUCACUUCAAGUUGAUUAAGGUGCAUCAUGGUGGAGGUUAAAGAUUGGGAAGUCUCUUCUGAUGGAACACAGGAUUCAGAGGUUAAUUUACAAGACAGUGAUGAAGAUGAGCUUGUUUCUAUGUCUGGUUCCAUACCUAAGUUACAAAUUAGGAAACUUAAAUCGAAGGUCCGCUGGAAUUCAGAGAUGAAAAUGGCAGAGGUAUUAGAAAAGAAAGGUAGAUGUUGGGGUACAACAGGAAUUGUUCGAAACAGUAACACUUAUUUAUCGAUUGAGGAGACCGUGUUCAUGGCUGAACUAGGAGCAUUAGUUCUUGUUAACAGUGAUGAUUCACUUCUUUCUUUAGGAGAUAUGUAUGCUAUGCUUACAGAACAAAAGAGCGGUUGUAGUUGGGAUUCUUUUAAAGCUUAUGUGCACUUGAAAUCACUUGGAUAUAUUGUUGGUCGUCAUGCUGUUCAGUGGACCUUGAAGAAGGACAAGCAGCGGGGUUCUACUACCUGUGUUGGGGACUCGGACGGCAGCAACGGAACAUCAAUAACCAGAUCGCAAGCUGAGUUCUCAAUCACUGACGGUCUGAGAGACAUUCAUAUAAGUAAUGAAGCCACACCAACUUUUGAUGUGUAUUUGCCUAACAACAAAUUCAAGAAGUCUUCUCCCGGUGAACCUGAUUUCGUGGUAUAUGUAACCAGGGAGGAUGAUCCACCUUCUAAAGAAGAGAUUGAAAACCUAAAAACAAGGUCUAAAGGUGCCCUUAUGAUCUGUCAAGUAGAAUCUUGUCGGGUCAGUUUGUUUUCGUUCAAAAAGGUGGAGACUGUAGUCUUCUUGCCAUGAUCCACCUAAUCAGCUGACUGAACAUCGUCUACAUCAGUCUUCUAUGAUAUAAUUAAUCGAGCGAGUAAUGAUUUAACAUCAUAUUUUACGCAUUGGUCCGGUACAAACAAUGAAACAAUACUGAGGAGAUCAGGGAACAACCAAUCAGAAGAUGAGGUUUUAGGCUGCUGGGCAAAGUUAUUCUCUCUUAUCUUUUUUGAUUCAAUGCCGCUAUAUCCGUGAAGGGGCGAGGGUCGCAUUCGCGGCCUCUCGAGUUCAAAAGAAUGUGAUAGGAAUCUACUGGGCUUCUCAGUGGUUCAUAAAUCGAACAUGUUGUUUCUGGUUUAGUGGUUCAAACUUCAAAACGAAACAAAAAUCUUAUCUAAUCCUGUCACCUAUAAUUUUGAUGUCCGUUGAAUUGAACCGUUAGAUCUGAUCAUUUUUUCAAGAUUUAUAAAU